AUGAGGAGUUCCUGGAUACCUCCCACGAUCUUGCGCCCGCCGUCAGUGCGACUUGCAAAUCCUGUCAAUUACGUUCCCCGCAACACUCCGGUCACGGUACCCCAUCUGUCGCAGCUCUCCGACGAGAACCUCCCACUCGACGCACACCGAGACGCCUACCCUUUGCUGACUAUCCCCGAACGGCGUCGCAGUCGACCGAUCCCAUCCCCGAACAGUCUGGUGGUGGAGCGCAGCCAAGGAGAAACGGAGAGUGGACGCUCCAGCAUCGCAGUGCCUCGUGGCCAGAGGCGCAGUGGCGCAUUUGACGACCAGCUGGUGUUACGAGAAAUGUCCGAGUCGGGAGUAUCAAAUGGUGCCCCGGAGGUAAAGAACCCUCGCGCUCCGGAACGGGCGCAUCUAGGCCUCGAUCUCGCGGUAGACGGGCCUGGGCCGCUUCACGACGACCGGCCCCGCCACAUCCAGUCGCAAUCCUCGCUUCGAUCACAGUCACACAUUGCAUCUGUACCAUCCAUUACCGGCGCUCAGAAUGGCGGCGAGGCUGAUGUGGCGGAGGAGUUGGCCUGGGGCCCUGCGCAUCCGUGUUAUCCUCACAUCAACCCACAUGUUCCGAUUGGGUCUGACGAGUACAUGACCACCCGCAUCAUACGAAUCCGGCGUGAUUGGAUGAUCAAGGGAGACCUAGCUCCCACAUUCUCCAACCUGUACCCCGAAAUUCUGGACCCGCUAUUACCCGAACAAGAGUUUCGAAAGGUGAUCGCCACAGUGAAUGAUGAGCUCGUUAAGGCGUUCGAUCCGUUCAGCCUUCGCAACUUCAUCGAUAGUGCGCUGAGCCUUCUGACGGGAUGGAUUUGGGAAGACAUAGGCGCGCCAGGAAUCAAGAGCCAUCUCAAACGGGUGGAAGCGUGGCUGGAGAGGUGGAACAGAGAGGUCGGGGCCAAGGACGGAGUACAUAUCUGGAGUCUCCGCAGGACGGCGUACAUGUCGCUGGACAUCCAGAUUCCGGAUCCUAAGGUUGGCAUCAUCCGCAGUGAGGGAGUUCCGUCGCUUCCAGGGACCCGGCCGAGCAGCGGCGUUUGA